AUGCAAAAUCAUAAGUCCUUAUUAGAAAAUGCAUAUCGAAAUUUCAGCACCCUCAAUGAAGGCAUGUCUAUUCCAGUUGUAUAUGGACGAAAAUCAUACUUUAUUGAGGUACUUAAAUGCGAGCCCGAUUAUUCUAUUUGUGUCAUUAGUGAUCACUAUCUUGAUAUUAAGGUGGAUUUUGCUCCUGCAUUGGAUUUUGAUGAUGAAGAAGAAAAACGAACCACCAAUAAUAGCAAGACCACUGAAAAACCAUCUGAAACAUCUUUGUCUACCACAUUCUCCUCCAUCGCAACGUCUCAACCACCUGUUGUCAUUGAUAAUGUUGAUAUGAUUGAAUGUGAAAACUGUAAAAGAGCUGUAUCACAGAGAACUUAUGUGAUGCAUUUAUCUCACUGUAAAAGAAAUGUGUACAAUUGUACCAAAUGCAACAAUGUUGUAAAAUUAAGCGAAAAAGAAAGUCACAGUUCCAUCAAGAAUGUGAAUGUUCUAAAUGUCACGAAAAGAUGGACAAAGCACAUCUUGAAGAACACAUGCAAAAUGAGUGUCAAUUUAGAAUUGUCAUUUGCAAGUUUUGUGAUUUGGCUCUUGCAUUCUGCGAUUUACAUGAACACGAAACAACAUGCGUAA